UAUAUAUAACUACGAGUAUGAUACGACUCACAGCAGUAGUACAAGAUGAUCUCAUACGAGAUAGUAGUAUUUAUUUUCGUUAACAUAGUUUCAAGCCAGUCAUGCUACUGGAACGAUGGGUGUGCAUAUCAGCUGUUUUCUUCAAAAACACCAUACGAUGCUGUGAGGGGAGACAUAAGAGAUUAUCCAACACCACCAAACUGCAAAGCAGUUGCCCUCUGGUCGCUAAACCGGCAUGGCAACAGAAACCCUGAUGAGAGCGUGAUCGGGAGGAUGCGGGCCGUCGCCAACCUGCAGCAUGAGAUUGUCAGCAGCCACCAUGAGGGCAAAGGGCAGCUGUGCGCUCAGGACAUUGAAGACUUGAAGCGAUGGAGGUGGAACGAGACUCUAGAUGUGUCCAUCUCUUUCUUGACUGGAGUUGGCUACGAAGAGCUGUAUGAGGUUGCGAAGAGACUCCGAGAGAAGUAUCCGCACCUGGCAGGAGGUGAAGAGGAUGACUAUUACUUCAGAUCCAGAGAUGACCAGGUGACGAUGACCAGUGCCAAGGCGUUCGUGCAUGGCUGGACUGAAGGUGGCCAGAUCAGCCUUCCUGUUGAUGAACCUUUGGAUCACGAUAUUUGGUUGGAGCCGUACCAAUACUGCGAAAGAUAUCAACAAGAUGUGAAAAAGGGGCAGGCGCUUGUAGACCAAUUGCAGGACUAUUUUAACAAUCCCGAAUUCUUAAAUGUCAAAAGCAAUGUCCAGACGCGUCUUGGAAUUUCUACCCAGCUGUCUUCUGAAGACGUUGACUCGCUGUACGAGCUCUGUCGCUUCUACCGCUCUUGGGAGCCGAACCUCAAGUCGCCCUGGUGUGCUGCCUUCAGUAACGCCGACUUGCUGGUCAUGGAGUAUAGGGAUGACGUCAAGCAUUACUAUAGGAACGGCUAUGGGUCUUGGGUGAAUGUGAACCUCGGUGCGCCAGUUCUGAAGAACCUAUAUGAAAAUUUUGAAAAUUAUUUGGAAUCUAAAAAUACUACCAGAACAUUAACAGCCUACUUCGCCCAUGAUACCUUAUUCGAGAUGGCGCUGUGUGCGAUGGGGCUUUACAAAGACAGCUUCGUACUUCAAGGAUCUAACAGAGACCCUGAUCGGAUGUGGAGGACCAGUUUCAUUGGAGGCUUCUCAAAUAACAUAUUGGCGGUUUUGAGCACUUGCAACGAAACAGGCGGUCAGAACUACCGAGUCCAGGUCUUCGUCAACGAAAAAGUGACUGACCUCUGUCCUCUAGAAGGCUGUACGUGGGAGGAGUUCGACGCUUACUUCCAGAGGUAUACCACAGCCAACUUGGACUUCUGUAGUAUGAACUACACGGGCCCAGUAAUCUUCCCUGAGAACCCUGCAGCACUCCCAGAUGGUGCGUCAACGAUUGCUCUGACGACUUGGAUGUUGACAGCAUGUUUAGCAUUAGUAUAUUUAAGAUAGGGCCACCUUGAGGAAUAGGGUGGAACAAAUGAAGAAAGUAUUAAGUGUUGUCU